GUCUGAAGGCAGCAUCUGUGCCUCGCGCUGUGCCAGCUGUCCUCGCACACACCGCACACACCGCAACCCGGGAGCGAGGGCCAAGAGAAACGCAAGCAAAGAACCGGAGUUUGGCUGGCAACAUGGGGUCCAUGCGAAUUCUCAUCAAGGGAGGUAAAGUGGUCAAUGAUGACUUCACCCAUGAAGCAGAUGUUUACAUCGAGAACGGCAUCAUUCAGCAGGUUGGGAAGGAGCUGAUGAUUCCGGGUGGAGCGAAGGUGAUUGACGCCUCUGGAAAGCUGGUGCUGCCUGGUGGAAUAGACACCUCUGUGCAUCUGCAGCAAACUUUCAUGAACGCCGCCAUCCAGGAUGACUUCUACAGUGGAACCAAGGCAGCUCUGAUGGGUGGUACCACUAUGGUGAUGGCGCUGAUCCUGCCUGAGCAACACUGCUCCCUGGUGGAUGCCUACGAGAACUGCCGAGCUCUCGCUGACGUGAAGGCGUGCUGCGACUACGCUCUGCACGUCGGCGUGACCUGGUGGGGACCAAAGGUGCGUAAUGAGAUGGAGACCCUGGUCAGGGAACACGGGGUGAACUCCUUCCAGAUGUUCAUGGCCUACAAGGACACGAUGAUGCUGAGGGACUCCGAGCUGUACCAGGCACUGCAGACCUGUAAGGACAUUGGCGCCAUCGCACGUGUCCACGCCGAGAACGGGGAGUUGGUGGCAGAGGGUGCUAAAGAGGCUCUGGAUUUGGGUAUCAGUGGACCUGAAGGCAUUGAGGUCAGCCGUCCAGAAGAGCUGGAGUCAGAGGCGACACACAGAGCUAUCACCAUCGCCAAUAGGGCUCACUGCCCUAUCUACCUGGUGAAUGUUUCCAGUAUGGCUGCUGGAGAUAUGAUUGCUGCUGCCAAGAUGCAGGGUAAGGUGGUCCACGCAGAGACCACAGUCGCUCACGCAGUGUUGAACGGCAUGCAGUAUUACCACCAGGACUGGGCUCACGCUGCCGCCUACGUCAUCGUCCCUCCUCUCCGCCUUGACCCCAACACCCCCGGCUACCUUAUGGGACUGUUGGGCAAUGACACUUUGAGCGUAGUGGCAUCCGAGCACCGUCCUUUUAGCACCAAGCAGAGGGCUUUGGGCAAGGAGGAGUUCACCAAAAUCCCCCAUGGAGUGCCCGGAGUCCAGGACAGGAUGAGCGUCAUCUGGGAGCGGGCAGUGGUUACAGGAAAGAUGGACGAGAAUCGUUUUGUGGCUGUGACAAGCGCUAACGCAGCGAAGAUCUACAACUUGUAUCCACGCAAGGGUCGCAUCAUCCCUGGUGCGGACGCUGAUGUGGUCGUGUGGGAUCCAGAUGCAACUAGGACAAUUUCAGUUGGCACUCAGGCGCAAGGAGGAGACUUCAACCUGUACGAGGGCAUGCGCUGCCACGGUGUUCCUCUGGUCACCAUCAGCCGAGGACAGUUGGUCUUUGAGAAUGCGACAUUCAUGUGCGCCGAGGGAUCCGGAAAAUUCUACCCACAGCGCACCUUCCCCGAUUACCUGUACAAGAAGAUGGUGCAGAGAGAAAAAGUUCAGGCAUAUAAAGGGGUUGACAGAGAUCCCUACUCUGGUGAUGUGGUCAAAGUUGCCAACGCUAUGAAGAAGGAGCUUGGUUUGAGCCCCAUUGAUGGAGACGUCCCUAACAAAGGUGUUGUAAGGGUGCAACAGGGGGUUCGAGACCUCCAUGAGAGCUCUUUUAGCCUCUCGGGGUCUCAGGUUGACGACCACAUCCCCAAGAGGUCCUCUGCUCGGAUCCUGGCCCCUCCAGGGGGCCGCUCCAGUGGAAUCUGGUAAACUCUGGCCCGAGGAAAUCAACCGUCCAAGCCUCCUUGUUUUGUACAUUUCUGAACAACCAAGAAAACUGCACUGAUUUUAAAACGUGGUAAAAGGGAAAUUGUUCUCAGUGAUUGGCCGAACCAUCUGAUCAGUUUGCUGAAGUGAUUUUUACACAUCUAGUUGGAGUCUUCAUUCUGAAAUGAUAAAAUACACCAGAGUGACAUGCUAUUUAUGAAUUUCUUUUCCAAAUUUAGGCGGACGGUGACUAACCGACCAGUCAUUGUGAUGCUCGUCAGAAGAAACAGAAAAUAAGACCGAAUGCUAGAAAAACUGUAGUUUUUAUUAUUAUUUUUUUUUAACUGUUUGAAGUGAUGUCGACUUGCAUAUCUAAAACUCGUAGAACUGGAUUCAGUGCAACAUCCCUAUCGCACACCAACAUAGACAUAGACGAGUCACACAAGAUGAGUGUUUAUUAUUCUAAAACCACCUACAGUGCUUAAUUCCUUGGCUGUUCCUGUGUUUUCGUUUCGAACGGAUGGACGGCGAUGUGUGGCGAUGACAUCCAACUGUUCAACAUACUGUGUGCUCUUUGCUGCUUCAGGCAGACUUUAUCACGCACUGCCUCUUACCGAGAAACUCACGUCUCGCUAAUAUCCCAGUGCAGUUCCUAAAAGUAGACUUAAUAUUCCAAAUUGUACACAUCUGGACUGAUACAAUGUACAAGUCAAGAACUGUUAGGAAGUUCUCAAGGGGAAAAAAAUAAUAAAACCUUCUCCACUUAUGCCUCUGGGCCUACAUUACAAUGUGUGUGUGUUGGGGGAUGCCAACUUCCAUUAUUUCAACAGUAACUUGAGAAACUAAUCUAUGGUUCAUGUCACUAAAUCACUCAAGCAAAGCCUCCACAGAGCAGGAAGAUUGAGCUUGCGCAUGCUUCUAAAGCACAGAUCCUCUCACCUUUUGAGCAUGUCAUUCCUUUCCAGCGGUGUUGUUUAUUCAUGAGCGCAUUUUCCGUCUGUACUGUACAUUUAGGAUGCUUACUUUUAGUUAAAAGAAUAAAUGUGCCAAUGUGAGUGAAUCACCCCUAUUACUGUGCACACCAUCCAUGAAGAGAACCACAUAGACAGAUGGCCACAGGUUCACAAGUGGUGCUUUUUCUCUUUUUUAAAUGGUAUAAAGAGUGUUAAUUUUAUUGUGGAUGACUGUUGUUAAGAAGGCACUGUAAAUUGUCCGUGAGUGCGCGUUGUCGAGUUUGUGAAUUGUUUUGUUGGAAAGUGAACCUGUUGUGUUGAUAUAUGUACUGUGGCUGCUUGUUUCUUACCACAAAGUAUUGGUAAAACAAUAAAAUAGAAAAAAACUUC